ACAACUAGUACUAGACUAAUGCAUCCCGUACUUCUCAAGCAUCUGAAAACCGCCGAGCCCGGAGAAACAUUCGAGGGUUCUUUUCCUCGUAUCAGAUCUUCUUCAGGGAGGAGUUACUAUGCGAAACUUGGCUCUCCUCGGGACGCGGAGCAGUGGAGAGGAGAGGCUGAAAGUCUUCGAGCUAUGGACAAAGCAGCACCCGGCCUGGCCCCGCGCCUGCUGGCAUUUGGCCUACUAGACGGCGAUGUCGAAUCGUCCGAUGGGAAUAUGAGAUCCGGCCGACCAUUCUUCCUGUCCGAAUAUAAGGACAUGUCCAGCCUCACAGAGGUGUCUGGGAAGGCCCUUGGUAGGAGAUUGGCAACGGAGAUGCAUGCUUAUAAGAGCUCCGAGGGUUUCGGGUUUGGGGUGCCCACGUACUGCGGAGCGACCAGGCUGUCAAACGGAUGGCAUGAGACCUGGGAAGCUUGCUACGAUGCAAUGAUCGGGGAGCUUCUUGGCUAUUUGCGAGAGCAAGGGGGCUUCAAAAAGCUCGUCGAGACAGGAGAUCGUGUCCGAAAGGCCGCGAUCCCGCGUCUUCUACACGGCCUCGAUAUACAGCCCGUGCUCCUUCACGGAGAUCUUUGGAGCGGCAACACUGGCACUGACCGUUCCUCGGGCCAACCCAUCAUAUUCGAUCCGGCAUCCUACUACGGGCAUAACGAGGCAGACCUCGCCAUUGCUCGCAUGUUCGGUGGCUUGCCUCGAAGUUUCUUCAGCGCCUAUCAUGAGCACCGCCCUAAGACUGACCCGGCAGACCAGUACGAGGUCCGCAUGGACCUUUACGAAAUGUUCCAUUACUUGAACCACACAGUUCUCUUCGGAGGUGGAUACGCUCGUAGUGCACAGCAGAAGAUGGAUCGAGUGUUGGCUGCGUGUAUGGACACAUUUAGAGAUUGAAUUCUAAAGUGCAGCAUGCAUUCGCUGGUAAUCACACUCGUUUAUCUCUGCAAUAUUACAGGACAAAUAAAGUAGCACCUCAAGUAGUUCUGAUCUUUAUCUAUGGUGUGGGGCGCCGGACAGCAGACUGCUUUAGCUACGAAAAGGAGUAUAGAUG